AUGGCCGACGUAGAUAUGGAUUUUCAAAGCGAGAGAUUCAAUAAUGGGAAAGAGGAUUUGGAGAGCCCAGAGAAGAGUGGUAAUGAAGAAGAGAAUGGUGAUAUGUCUGAAGAGGAUGAAGAAGAAGAUGGAGAGGAAGAAGCUGAGGUGAACGGAGAGAAGCCGGAAGCAGGAUCCAAACAUCACAGCAGCAGCAGUGGCAAACACAAGAAGAAGAAACACAAACAUCGCAGCAAGCACAAAAAACACAAACAUGCCACAGAGGAGGAUAAAGAUCGCAAGCGCAAACAUCGACACAAACACAAGAAACACAGGCGCAAAGAGGGCACGUCACCUCCUUCCCCCUCUGGAGGCAUCAGCAGCUCCUCCAGAAAAGCAGAUGGCUCCCCGUCUUUGGGGAAUCCAAACCUUGAUGACAGAGCCCUGCUGGAGGACCUGGAGAAACAGAGGGCACUGAUAAAAGCUGAGCUGGACAGCCAACUGAUGGAGGGGAAAGUCCAGUCAGGUAUGGGCCUGAUAUUACAAGGUUAUAACUCUGGCUCAGAGGAUGAUGGGGAAGGUCAGAGGGCCCGAAAUGGGGAGCGACAGAAGGUGGGUAAAACCCGCUCACCCAAAGACCAGAGCAGCAGAGGCAGUAAGACCAGGAGGGACUCAACGGAUGCCAGCAAGUCCAGCACUAAACGGCGUAGUCGGAGCAGGUCCAGGGACAGGGGUGGAAGGGAGUCUAAGACGGACAGGAUGACCAAAAGCAGUAAAGAUGCAAGCAAAGAGCACACCAAGGAACGCAGCAGAUCCAAAGAUAAGAAGCGUUCCCGGAGCCGGGAAAGGUCAAAGGACCGCGGGAGGAAGUCCCAGUCUCCGACCAGCAGGAGGCGCUCUUCUGUAGAUAGGAAAACUGAACAGAAGGGACGUUCCGAUCGGCGGUCCUCCCCGCGGACAGACGAGAGGCGGAACCAGGAUCAGGGUGGACGCAGAUCCGGAUCUCGCGGCAGAAGAAGUCGGUCGAGGGAUCGACGCUCCCGGUCCAAAGACGGGCGACCCGGCCGUUCUGAGACUGACAGGGAUCGUGAUAAGAGACCGGGGAAGUCUCCGUCCAAAGACACCUCCUCGGGAAAAGAGAACCGCUCUCCGCACCACAGACGCGGCGCAAGUCCUCAGCGACGCCGCAGUUCCUCUCCGCGACACAGGGACCGCCACGCACACCUGCCACCCAGCUCCUCUGCUGACAGGGGCUCCAAACAAAGCCACUCUCCCUCCAGGAACAGAUCGCCAGCCAGGAGAGGCCGUAGCAGGUCCCCUGAGGGCCGGCGGAGAGAUUCACCAGCAAGGAAGCGUUCCCGUAUGGAUAUUGGGACAGGGAGGGACAGGUCACGGGAGACGAGUCCUAUCCGUCGCCGGGUGAGCCGUUCUCCCCUGAGGAGGAGGUCUUUAUCACCACGCCGGCAGUCCCGCUCCUCCCCACGAAGGCGAAGCAGAUCUCCCCUGAGACGCAGAUCGGGGGAGAGGGACCGUUACGGCAGGUCCAGACUGCGCCGCUCCAACUCCAGAGACCGGGAAAGGAGAAGGAGGCGGAGUCGGGAUGAGGACAAGUUCAAGGGCAGCCUAUCAGAGGGCAUGAAGGCUGACCAGGACUCCUCUUCUGAGGAAGUACUUGAAGACUUUGAUGCUGAAGAGGAGGAUGAAGAGGCUCUUAUCGAGCAGCGACGACAGCAGAGACAGGCCAUCGUACAGAAAUAUAAAGCAGUGAAUGAGGACAGUAACAUGGGCUCCAUGGCGUCGGAGCCCAGCAGUCCUCAGAGCAGCACAAGAAGUCGCUCUCCUUCUCCCGACGAUAUCCUGGAGCGUGUGGCGGCUGACGUGAAGGAGUACGAGCGAGAGAACGUAAACACGUUUGAGGCCAACAUGAAGGCCAAGCAAAACCUCAUCGCCCAGGAGAAAGAAGGAACCAAUCCAAAGAAACCCUCUGCGCCUGAUAUGUUUACAGAGUCGGACGACAUGUUUGCAGCAGACUUUGACAGUGCUAGACUGAGGGCAGCAGGCAUUGGAAAAGACUUCAAGGAAAACCCCAACCUCAGGGAUAACUGGACGGACGCUGAGGGGUAUUACCGUGUGAACAUUGGUGAGAUGCUGGAUAAGCGGUAUGAAGUGUACGGCUAUACAGGCCAGGGAGUAUUCAGUAAUGUGGUGAGAGCCAGGGACACUGCCCGAGCCGGCCAGGAGGUGGCAGUCAAGAUCAUCCGCAACAAUGAACUCAUGCAAAAGACUGGACUGAAAGAGCUGGAGUUUCUGAAGAAGCUGAAUGACGCCGACCCUGAUGAUAAAUUCCACUGUCUUCGUCUCUUCAGACACUUCUACCAUAAACAGCACCUCUGUCUUGUCUUUGAGCCCUUAAGUAUGAACCUGCGGGAGGUGUUAAAGAAAUAUGGUAAGGAUGUGGGAUUACACAUUAAAGCAGUGCGUUCCUACAGCCAGCAACUGUUCCUGGCCCUGAAGCUGCUCAAACGCUGUAACAUCCUCCACGCUGACAUUAAACCUGACAACAUCCUGGUGAACGAGUCAAAGACCAUUCUCAAACUGUGUGACUUUGGCUCUGCAUCACACGUUGCAGACAAUGACAUCACCCCUUACUUGGUCAGUAGGUUCUACAGAGCACCAGAGAUCAUCAUUGGAAAGCCGUAUGACUAUGGUAUAGACAUGUGGUCGGUCGGCUGCACUCUGUAUGAGCUCUAUGCAGGAAAGAUCCUCUUCCCCGGCUCGUCCAAUAACCACAUGCUCAAACUGGCCAUGGACGUCAAGGGCAAGAUGCCCAACAAGAUGAUCCGGAAAGGCCUUUUCAAAGACCAACAUUUUGACCAGAACUUGAACUUCCUGUACAUAGAAGUGGACAAAGUGACUGAAAGGGAGAAGGUGACCGUGAUGAGCACCAUUAACCCCACUAAAGACCUGCUGGCCGACAUGAUUGGCGGUCAGCGGUUGCCGGAGGAACAGAGGAAGAAGGUCAUGCAGCUGAAAGACCUGCUGGAUGGCACGCUGAUGCUGGACCCGGCCAAACGAAUAAGCAUCAACCAGGCUCUCCAGCAUCCUUUUAUCCAGGAGAAGAUCUGAACAAACGUCUUCACCUCGCCACACUAGACCCAAGUCUCCUGCUGUCCCAGGACCGAGCCAACGGACUUUGUUUGAGAAUGUUAGGAACUCUUUGAGAUUAUUAUUUUUGGGGUUUUUUUUUUUUUUAACAAAGUGAUGUCCUCUCUCUUUUUUUUUUUCCCCCCCUUGUUGAUUAUUACGAGAUCUUCAAAUGGUCCUGUUUUUAUUGUAAAUACCUAAAACUCAUUCAUUCUUGUCAUUCGUGUACAUGGCCACAUUUAUUUUUAACGGAUAUUGACUUUUGUCUUAUCCAGCUUGCUUCAAAGAAAAAGAAAAAAAAAAUAAAAAAUUCACGCAGAAGAUUAUAACGUUUCAAAAAUGUCGGUCGUAUUUGGCUACUAAAAUGAAGGGACGCCUUUGCUGAUUGAUCAAGCGAUCACCAACAGAGAGAUUAUCAUUCACGUUUGCAGCCCCGUGUCGUCGGCUUUUAUUCGUCAACGACCCGUUUUUCAAAGCAGACCGAUUUCGCCUCAGAGUCGCCCGAGACUUCGGAAAAGCUCCGCUCUAGUUCUGGAACAUUCUCUGAUAGCAUCGCUCCCUGUAUAGUGCAGAUGGCAGUUUCUUGUACACGCACUGAGGAUAAGCUUCCCCUGAGGUCUGGUCUCCUCCCUGCACUCUGAACACCCCGAACUCCUGGCUCUUUUCCCAGAGCACUCCUCACAGAUUUGAACUGACAGAUGGC